CGCCCGCCCGCCCUAUCUGCGCGCGCGCUUGGGCGGUUCGAUUUCUAACACUAAACCUCCACUCUACCAUAUAAUUAUCGCAAACCGUUAUAGUAUUAAAAACGCGGAAAUUAUAGUGCAAACCGUAACCAAAGGAAAAGCUUUAAUAGUGUAUAUUGUGUGUGAUUGUUAAGUGCUGAGUUACUUGUAUCAGUUAAAUAUGCAGUUUACUUUUUGAACAAAAUACCUUGCUUAACCACUACUUAGUUUAAUAAUAAGUAAAAAUAUUAAAUAGUUUUAUUAUAAAACAUUACAAAAGUCGUAAGGACACGAUAUUAAUAAAUCCAAAAGAAUGCAUUCCGGUAUAAAAUGUCCCGCAACCGCUCCACCGAACGAUGCACGUGCGUUUAUUUUCAUUUAUAAAUAGUCCAGACACAGAGCACUCCCCAGACUCGAAAUGACGUCACCAAAAGAAAGUGGUGACGUCAUCGACGGCAAGCACGAUGAGGACAAAAAGCAGGAGGUGACAGAGUUAGCGGACCUCCCUCCCAGCGGGACGUCGUUGCACAAAAGAAGGAGAGGGGAACCUCCUGCUUCUCUCUCAGUUAGACCACCUCAAACUCCAUCAGAUCCUGAAGGAUCGUCUCCUUGCACUGCUGCCAUCACGCCUGAUGAGCAUCGGAGCUUCCAAGAUGCCGAGAUACCAGAUCCUGAAGCCAUUUGUGAUAAUAUCCUCCAGCGGCUCAAAGACCGUGACGACCUGGCCUCGAAGCGAGGAAGAGACCUAGCUGCCAGAACGAAGGACACCUUCGAAGCGUUAGACCAACUGGAAAAACUCUUAGAACUUGUCGACCAGUUCCUCACCUUAAAAGAACACAACUCUCGCCUGGUAAAGAAGUUGAGAGACGUGAACCAUUUGAAAAGAUGGCACAGUGCGUACCAGAAGAUACAUUUGGAGAACGAGAGGAUAAAAGCAGAACGAAAAGACCUGGACCUGCUAAACGAAAUAAUGGACGCUGAGCUGGAAUCCGAAUAUGGUCAGGCGAUAUUUGACUCCAUGAUUGUGAGUGGGAGAAGUAUGAAGAGGACCGGGUCUAAGUGGAAAGGCCAUUCGAAGUUCGGAGGGACUUUGUUAAGAAAGCAAAGAUCGAGGUCCGCGGGAGGGGAGGAGAGUGACGCUCCUCCUGGGACACCUCUACGGAGGAGGUCUGAAGUGUUUUUCAAUAAAGAUAUGGAGAAAUCGAAGGUGUCGAAGUGGACGAGGGUUAAAGCUGCAUUUAGAUGGGAGAAAGCCCAAUGGCAGCCUUCAGCCAUGGGCGGCGCCGCGGGCGCCGUGGCCGCCGGAGCCAUGUUUGGCUCCGUGGCGCUGGCUGGCUCGUGCCCAACGUCAGCCACGCUGCCUCCCGAACCCAGGGACUCCGCCAGUCUGACCCCCGGGAGCGCGCUGUCGCUGACUCCUAACUCCUCGUGCGAGGAGCUGAGGAUGGAUUCAGGCACGUGCCGCAAGAGCGCGCCGCUACGCGACGACACCAACAGCGCAUUCCUCCAUGCGCCUACGCAGGAUGACAGCUCCACCUCUCCCUCCCCGAACAAGCUCCACAAGAGCCCGUGGGGCAAGAUGCGGGACAUCAUCCAGACCCACCGGGAGUCUGUCAAGAAGAAGUCCAGCAGAGGCUCCAAGAGUUCCCCAGAUGUAGUGCCAACGAGAAGGAGGUCCUUGAGCGAUGGAGGUGACAGCGAUGCUCCUCCGGCGUUGACGUUGACGAUACCAUCUUCUGAGGAGUUGGAAUCCGAGCCUUCCCACCCGAUCCUCCGCAAGCAGCGGUCCUUGGAACUGGGAGCGAGGCCUCCUCAGCACCGGCCUCCGAGGGCCUCCAAGUGGACCAAGGUCAAGAGGGCCUUCCUCACGUCUGCCUCCGCCUCCGUCCCUUCUAGCCCCAGCCGGCAUUCUGCAUUCUUCACUGAUGCUGAGACCGAAGGGCUAAGCAGCGGCUGCGAGGCGAGUGGAGUGCGCGAGGAAAUCGCGCGAAACUAUGCUGAAUUGCAGUCGCGGCUGGGCCGGGAGUUCCAGGAUAGGAGAGGGAAGCUGCAGUAUGCAGUUUCAGCCACCCGCCCCGUGGCGACGGAGGAGCAGCUAUCAGCAGACUUCCGCAAGAAGCUGACGGAGUGGCAGCGCAUGAAGGGCGUGAGGCAGCCACCGCCGGUGCCCGCGCGACAGGACCUCAGUGAGGACUUCCUCAAGAGAUGGGAUGAAUGGAAACGCAUGAAAGAAACCAAUUCAGUCCCAGCUUGGGAAGAAGAAGCAAAACCUGAUGAAGUACUGGUUCAAACAUCUACUGGGCUUUUCAAAUUCCAAGGAAUAUCCCGCUCCUUCACUCGCAAGCUACACGAGUGGGAGAAGUCCCGUGGGAUAGCCCCAGAAGCCUCCACCUCCGCAUUACUGCGGGCUGCGCGCGCGCGUAAUAAAGCCCCGCCUGCGCCACUCACGCGCACCCAGUCUGAUGGCAGUGUAGCGCCAUCUGCGGCUGGGUCCGGAAGACUGCACGCUUCGAGUCUAAGCGUCAAUGACGCCGAUGACUUCGAGUCGGAGUACGAGGGUCAUCAUUCUCUGGAAGCCGAAGACGAAUGCGACGGCGUCCGCGGCGCAGUUCUCGUAGAAGUUGAAGCCGAAGAAGUCUGCACCGCCGCCCCCCUCGUGGCGGUGUCCCCGCGCCACACCCCGCAGAAGCCCGUGUAUACGUACGGGCAGGCGGAGGCGCGACUGCUGUGCGAGACCAACGCGACCGUGACGGGAACUGCCGUGCUGCAGCCCACUGGUGCUGUUAUGUUUUCAGAUUCUCGACGAGUGAAGGCCAAAGAAAAAACUGAAUCUGUGGCUAAAACUCCACGUGAACAGUCAAAGGACUUUGAUAAGAGCAACAGAAGAAAAAUAAUCCGCCAACCUAGUAUAGAAGAAGAUGCUUUAUUUAUACGGAAGACAAUUGAAGAAAUAGAAAGAGGAAGCUCAUCUCGUUUCAGGGAAGACAAAGAUACUGCUGAUGAAGAAACUGUAAUUGAAAAGAUAGAUAAAGACGUGCCAUCUACUAGUAAAGGGGUUAUUUCAAAGAACUCUAAACAAAUAAGUCCCAUAAAGGAAAAACAGUCUAGUAUGGAAGAAAUUCAAGAUGAUAACAAACGGAGGGAGAACGAUAAAUCCAAUGGUAAAAAGAAGUCAAAAUCCAGAGCACGGUUAGAAAGAGAACAAUCCAAACCUUCAGAAAGUGACACGGAGCAAGAUGUUGAUACAGUUACUGUGGAAAUACCAAGAAGAAGAAAACGUCCGCGAAAAGCAUCUGAAAGACCAAGAACUCCGCCAAUGGCACAUUAUCAUACCGAUUCUGAAGGAGAGGUCUUUGUCCUCAAGCUAAAAGCACCAGAGCCUCGUGAUGGCUCGCCAGAAGUAAUAGUUAAGACCACAAGAAAAAUAUUUUCACCUGUAGUUCGUAGUGGCGAGUCAGUACCAAGAGCAGUCAUACCAUUGGACGUAGAAGAUUUAGCUGAAGUCACACCCUCGAUGGAACACACUAGUCACCAAAAUGAGCCUAAAAAGAAAUCGGAAACUAAAAUGAGUAGGAUCAAAAAAGAUGCUGAUAGUCGAUCCAAGGGUUCUGGUGACCUUCAAGAUAUAGACGAUCAGAGGCCAAAAACAAGGCCGCCUUUGCCAUCGUCUCCUUCGUCGCAAAGAAAGCCCCAACCAAAAGAAACUGCUCCGUCUAUCCGUAUCAUGAUUCAACGGUACAACAUGAAGAUCAAUGAAGACGGUCAUACAUCUGGAAAUAGUAGUGGUGCUUCUUCUCCUGCUUGGCGAUCACCAACGGCAGAAAGGCGGCGACCUCCUGACAUGCCCGUAGGGGUGAACAUUAGGAAUAACCCAUUCCUCGAAAGAGAAGUUCAGAAGUCAGCGAGUGCAUGUCAACUAUCCAGACGUGACCAAACAUCGGUGGAAAAACGUCUCGUUCCCGUUCCUACCACUGGCAUGGAUGGCGUUUUAAAAUCCCAUAGCGCUAAUGCCUUACACCCCGAACAGCCCAAAGUGGAAUCUACCGCUACUUUAAAUCAAAAGAAAAUCGAAGGCAGUCAAGAGACUAUCAGAUGUACCACAGCAAGCACAGAUACUAUUGUGCCGGAUUUGACGAGAAAUCUUCCAGAAUGUCCAAGAGAACUACCUAAUCCUUUGCCAGUUUUGAGGCAGAUGUCUGACGUCAUUGUCCCAAGUGUAGCGAAGUUGAUAUCAGCUGACCCUGUAUGCUAUCAGAGGUCUGUGUCGACAGUGGCUGCUCCUACGAGUUAUGUUGAAACUGAAGCUGCAGCAGCAAAAUUAUCGGAGAGAGCAGCGAGGAUCCGAGCGGCUAGGGAACGGUUCCUUGCUUCUCCAGUGCCGAUGAGGAAAGAUGGAACUAGUUCUACCAGUGAUUUGAGGCCAGGAGACAGAUCUAGCCGCAUAAGCUGUGAGAGUGACGUCACUGAAUCUCAAAGUUCCAGCACGCAGGAGUCGAACCUGGGCAGGAGCGCUUCCACCGGGAUGGUCAACGUAGACCGAGAGGCCUGGCAGAGGGUUGCUGAAGUAGGCGGUGGUCGUCGCGAAGGCAGGUCAAGAUCGCGGUUCAGCCUGGCGCGACUGGCUGCCAAGCUGAGGCGGCGCGACGAAGGCGCUGUCUCCAGCCUCUGCCGGCAGAGCCUACUCGUGCAGCUAAGAAACAAGCACUGAAUACACA